AUGGACAACGAAAUCCCCUUGACCCAAGUACGGAGCAAUGCCAGUUCGACUGGUGCUAGAAAGCCCAACCAAGGCGCUGCAACCGGCUUCAGCACCGAAAACCUAAGCCCCUCCGACGACAAUGAGAAGAAUAGCUUCUUCCAUCGUGGCCGGAGGAGAGCUAACAAAAGCGAGGCCUCUCAAAACGACAAUAUAGUCUCCGAGGAAGCAUCUCUCAAUGCUAUGGGUAGGUUUUACAAUAAACUUAUCCAUGCCUCAGUCUUCACGCGAUAUCUCGUUUACAUUGUUCCCGUCGGUGUCCUUUUGGCGGUCCCUAUGAUUGUUAUCCGAGCAAUCGGUCAACAGGACACUCUUCAAGCUGGCCACGGCCCGCGACAGAAUGAUGUAAACGAAACUCCCGCUAUAUAUGCGCCCGGCCCACGCCUCAUUGACCUAUUCCUAUGGAUAGAACUGGCAUGGCUGUCCUUAUGGGUUGGAAAGGUCGUUGCUCACCUUUUGCCUCCCGUUUUUAUGUUUUUUACUGGUGUUGUCAGUGCUGGCACUCGCAAGUACGCAAUUGUCAUCCGUGCGCUUGAGAUUCCGUUGUCACUCUUCUUCUGGGCAUUGGCGACCUUCUUUAUAUUCACGGGUUUACUUAAUGUUAGAUUCAACGAUGUUGAGUGGGUUCAGACGAUGCGAAGAAUCGUGGGUGCGCUCUUCGCCUCUUCGGCCGUUUUCCUCGUCGAGAAAGCCAUUAUCCAACUCAUCAGCGUCACCUACCACCAGCGGUCCUUUGCCAACCGGAUAAAGGACUCCAAACGGGAAGUCUACCUUUUGGGGUUGAUGUACGACGCUUCUCGACAACUGUUUCCUAUGUACUGCCCUGAGUUCCGCGACGAGGAUGAGCUUAUCAACGACAGUAUCGAGAUACUGCUGGCCGGUGGGAAGAAGGGUAGAAAAAACAGGAAGAACGGAGUAGUUACACCUAUGAGGUUGAUUGGGAAUGUAACACGCAUCGGUGACAAAGUUACCUCUGUUUUCGGAAAUUUGGCCUCGGAGAUUACUGGCAAGCAGGUCUUCAACCCAAACUCUGCCCACUCGAUUGUCGUAGAGGCGCUCGAGAAGGUUAGGACUUCAGAAGCUCUCGCAAAGCGUAUUUGGAUGUCGUUUGUCGUAGAAGGCAACGAGGCUCUAUUUGUGGAUGACAUCGUCGAAGUUCUUGGCCCCGGACACCGCGAUGAAGCUGAAGAAUGCUUUGAAGCAAUUGACGCGGAUGGGAAUGGGGACAUCAGCCUCGACGAAAUGAUUAGGAAGGUGGUUGAGAUGGGAAAGGAGAGAAAGGCGAUAGGAAACAGUAUGAAGGAUAUCAGCCAAGCCUUGGGCGUGUUCGAUCAGGUCCUCCUGUUCAUUGUGCUGCUGAUUGUUAUCUUCAUCUUCCUUGCAUUCUUCCAAAGUUCCUUCAUUACCACACUCACCACUGCGGGCACAACCCUGCUCUCGCUUUCUUUCAUUUUCGCCGUCACGGCACAGGAAUUCUUGGGUUCUUGCAUCUUCCUGUUUGUCAAGCACCCCUACGAUGUUGGUGACAGAGUUGAUAUUACAGGAUCGGAGAAAGAGCAGCUGGUUGUUGAGAAGAUUUCCCUGCUUUACACCGUCUUCAAUCGUAUCGACAGGAUGCAAGUCGUUCAGGUGCCGAAUAUUGUUUUGAACAACGUCUGGAUCGAGAAUGUCACCCGAAGCAAGGCUAUGAAGGAGGUCAUUGACAUCAACGUAUCGUAUGAUACCUCUUUUGAGGAUAUCGAACUUUUACGGCUUGAAAUGGAGAGAUUCGUGCAGGCCCCAGAGAAUGCCCGAGACUUCCAGCCAGACAUCUCUAUUAGUGUUGCAGGUGUCGGCGACUUGGAUAAGCUACAACUUAAAAUUGCUAUCAAGCACAAGUCGAACUGGCACAAUGAGGCUAUCCGCGCUACUCGACGCUCUAAGUUUAUGUGCGCACUUACUCUCGCUUUGAAGAAGGUGCCCAUAUAUGCACCUGGUGGCGGCGGUGAAGCGUUGGGUGGGCCUACAAAUCCCUCUUACUCUGUUAGUGUCUCGGAUUCGGACGCUGCUGCUGCUCGCGACAAAGCUGCCAAGGAAAAGGAAGAAGCCCGACUGGUGCCAAUAGCACCGGCCAGGAACCCUUCGACAUCUAGCAGACCCGGCAAACCUGAGGAUAGAGAGGCGAAGGCAGCACACGAUCUAAAUACCCUCGACCCCAUAACGGCAGCUGCCGACGAUUGGGGUUAUAAUCGUGACGACUCCCCGGAUCCUCGUGAGGAUGCGAUAGAGCGGAAACGCUCAACUGAUAUAGAGUCGUUACGUUUGGAUCUUCAUAAGCACGAGAGUCAGCGUAGUGGUCGUCGGAGGGCAGGUGAAACUUUACCUCCCCAUCCUAUAAGCGAGAACACGCCAAGCUUUCAGAUAACCCAGCCUACGGGUCCCUAUGAUGAAGAGGCACAAGUGGGUGUACCGCACCCGUAUAGUGCCCAGUCAGGAAAUUCACUGUAUCCUCAGACGUCCAACCGAACCAAUCAGUCAGGUGGAAGCGGUAGACCUGAAUCUCAUCACCGGAAUCAUCGCAAUCCUUAUGAACAGCGUUAG